AUCCACGCCGUCACGCGCUUCCUCUCCGCUGUUUAUAAGCCCACAUCUGGACAGCUGUUGUGUUUUAAUGGGUUUAAUGACGGAUUCUGAGCGUGCUGUGGAUAUGAAGACCUUCACCAUGCACAUGAUCCUGUCCUCACUGAUGGUUGCUGCCUGUGUGUCCUCUGUCCCAGGCUUCACCUCUACCCUCGGGACGCUCCAUCAGCCUGCUGUUCUGUCCUGUGAGCGUAACUGUUCAGGUUUGGUGAGAUGGAUGAAGAUCCAGAAGCGGAGCAGGAACAUGGUGGUGGCUCAGUGUGAUCAGACCUCCUGCAGCUCUGAGCACGGGUUCAGCAUCUCUUACCAUCAGUACCUGAAGGGGAACCUGUCCCUCACCGUCACUGCAGCUGAGUACAGUAGGCGUGGCUGGUACACGUGUCUGUGUGACGCUCAGGACGUCUGUGACGUGAGUCUGCGCAUUCGGCCGGUGGCAGUUGUGACACAACCCGGUUCUGGAGGUUCCGUGGUGCUGGACGUUGUGGUUCAUGAGCGAGUGGAGCUGGUGUUCCUCAGGAGCGGUGAUGGAGCUCAGAGUUCUGUCUCAGUCUGUACACUCGAUGGACGUGAACUUCAGUGCAGCCCUGAGUACGAGAACAGAGCGUCUCUCACCUGCUCGCUGACUCUGACCGCAACCAACCAGAGUGUGUACGUCCUGAGGGACCUUGAUAACGAUGAGAUCAUCUCUACACACACACUCACACUCACACACACACAGGUACACACUCGCACAACUGUACACUGAGCCGGGCUUUAUUCCUGAUUAAUGAUGUUAAAGUGUGUGUGUGUGUUCAUUUCACUAAUACAUCUGCUUUCAACAUCACAGGAAAUGACACACUGGUCAACAACACAACGCCUGCAAAAGGUAGACCAGAGCUCUGGACCCUGAGGAGAAUCUUUGAGGAGGAGUACAGAGGAGUGACGCUCGGCGCCGUGAUCACGGCCGUGUGUGUUGCUGCUGCUGUGUGGGUGUUAAAGGGCUGCAGCUGGAUCAGGAUGAAAGUGAAGAAGUGCAGGAGGGGGGGUGAUGGUCAUGUGACCUCUGACCCCGCUGAAAUCAAGCUGGCGGUGUUCGAUAACGAUUAAGGCGCUGUAGGAUGGUGUGUGUGUCCUGUAAGGAGCCGUGUGUUAUACAGUGUGUUAUACAUGGUCACGUUUAAACACCUUCCACACACAGUGGGUUUACACUCUCACACACGUGUGUGUUCCGUAAAUGUGGUGGAAAAAGGAUUCACAAGUAUAAAAUGUAAGGAGGUUUUACUGCUGCAGUGUGUAUUAGCAUACAGUGUGUGUUAGCAUACAGUGUGUGUUAGC